GCAGCAGUGCAGGGACAGCAGUGGAGGCACUGGCAUCAGCCCUAGGGGUGACUCUCAGACGCUGUGGGCCUCUUGUUUUGGAAUGCUCCUAGCUGAUGGUGACUGCUCUGCCCUGGCGGUGCUGAAGAGUGUCAGCAAGCUCCACAUGCUGCCAUCCAUGGCUCUGUUAGUCCUGUAAUGGUUGCAACAGCUCUUGGGAAGCUCGAGUCAGGCUGCUUUCUGUCCCAAUGGGCUGCAGAAGGCCUGGGGUUCGUGGGGUGAUGCACAACCACAUGCAGGUCCCUUGGGGUCUCUAGGGCAGAGCUGCAGUCUCAGCCCUGCGUGUCCAGCCUGCAGCACUAGUCUUGGCAAGGAUAAAACUUGGUGUUGGCUUUGCAGGGUCGUCCUGGCCUGUGUCUGCCCUGCUAUAUGUCACCUCUGGCCCAACCCCAAUGAUCCUCUCUGUCCCCAGGCCACUGAUGGUCCCUGCAGGGGGGUGCAGGGUGCUGGGAGGGGGUGCAGGCAGCAUACAGCAGGGUGCUGGCAUUGGCUUUGUCUUGGCUUUGGCAUGCAGAGGGCACUGCUGAGCGCCCAUGGCCCGCAGGGACGCUGCCAACAAGGAAGGAAGGAAGGGAAAAAAAACAACCCAGUCUCAGGAAAAAGCGCACAAUCCACCAAAGCCAAAUCACAUGUUGUUGGACGCCUCCCAGCGCAGGAGCACAGAGGGCUCAGACCUGUCCCCAGUCUGGAGGGAGCCUGGCAGCUGAGCAGACCCUGAUGACGCUUCCAGUGAACGCUCAGAGCCGGAUGUGGGGCUGCUGAGCUGAGGGUGUUGCGUUUUGCAGAGCGUGGUGGGCACAGGUGGGUUCCUGAUACAGCAGGGACCAGCGAGGAACUGCGUGGGUCAAGGUAGGGGGGAGCACUGGUGCCUCAGUGGGAUGACAACAGGGAUGCAGGCAAAGGAGGGGAUGUUGUGGAGAGGGGGUUAAAUCCCCACAGUCUCAGCCAACGGGAUAUCCACUAAGCCAUACUUUUACGGUUGCUACAACACGGGGAGGGUUGCUGGGCAGGGCAGAAGGAGAGUGGGUGAGCUGGGGUCAGUAUGGGGCUGGCAGGACACCCUCACUGCUGUGGAAGCACUGGCUCCCCUGUGCUGCCUCCAGCAGCUGGAGAAGCCCUGUCCCUGCCUGUGCAGGCAGCCGGUCCAUCAGUUCCCCAGUUCUGUGUCCACACAGGUCCCAGGAACGGUCCUGGGGACUCCUUCUCUGUCCAGGCAGAAACGGUGCUGACUUCAGUGGGGUCUUCUGCUGGGUGGGGUCUUCUAAGCUGGGAGGGCUCUUGCUGGCCUCGGGGUGGGGGGAAUCCCAAAACUCACUGCCCGUGCUUCAGCUCUGGAGUUUCAGAGGUCUUGCCUCUGAGCCCUCGCCCGCGGUUUGCAGCUGCACGUCCCUGCUUGUUGGCUGCUCCUCCUUGUUUCAAGCUCUGAACGUUGCAAGGGACAGAAAACAAGGAAAGCAUUUUGUACUUGCCUGCUGAGGUGGCUGCACUCGUAACACUAGUGCAGAUUCGGUGUGAAAUGGGGAGAGCGAGAGCAGCAGCUGCAGUGACCCAGCCCUGCGGGUGUCCUGUCUGGCCAGGGAAUGCUCCCACCCCUCUGCCUCUGGAGGUGGCCCUGGGCUUCCCACCGUCACAGGGGGAUGUGUCCCCACAACCAGUAUGUUGGCACUGGUGGCCUCAAAGCUCUUGCACAUUCCCCCAGGAGAGGGGUCAACAACAAUAGGGAAAGAUUCCUGGUAGCUGAGUGGUGGGGCAAGGCCAAGGUAAGGAGGGGCUGGCCAGGUGUCAGGCAGAGGUGCCCAGUGGGACGAGCCUCUGCUGUGGUUCACAGGGCUGAGGUCUCUGCUAACAGCCCCAGGGGGUCCCUCGGGGUGCCCCAUUGCACCUGGCUGGGUGCCGGCACACUCGGGGCUCUCCCCAUACCACGGAGGGCUGGGGGAGGGCUGAGGGAGUCCUGACAGUGGUGUCACCGGUUGUGCCAGUGUGAGUCAUGCCCAGAGGUGGGCUGAGUCACCUCCACAGUGGUGUGAGCAUCGGGUGAGGAGGUUUCACAGACCCACAUCCCCGUGACGUCGGCAGCGUGGUUUCUCACCGCACGGAGCCAGAGGUGGGUGCAGCAGAAGGUCCCCACAGCAUGUGCACAGGGCCAUGGCAGAGCAUGGCAGCUGCCCACAGUCCCUGCAGCUCCACUUGCCACCAGAGCCCCGAGGGCACCUGCCCUGCUGCUGCUUCACCCAUCCCAGGGGGUCGCAGGGGGUUCCCUGCCUCUCCCUAGCGGGCACCUCUGUGCCACGCUGGGCAUGCAGACUCCAUGGGAAAGGCUUACCUGAGGAUGGUGUCGCUGGCUGAAGCUUUUGGAAAAAAAUAUCCUUUCUCUAAUCCCAGGUCCCAGCUGCCCAUCAUGUCUGCAGGUGGCAGAACAGCUCCAGCACACCCAUCCCUCACCACAGCCCCCGGUGCAGCGGCAUAGCGUGGGGACAGAUGGACGGGCCGUGGCGGGAUGAGCCCUGCCCUGCACAUCCUGCUGUCCCUGGCCAACUGCUCCCUCCUCUGCGGGAUGCUACUGCGGCCACGGCGCGUGAGGCUGGAGGCACAGAACUUCCACGUCUGGCUGCGGUGGGAGCCGGACCCCAGCUCGCCCAGCCACACCACCUAUCAGGUGGAGUGGAGGAAGCGGACCUCGAGCUGGAUCAAGGCAGAUACCUGCAGGGGGAACAGCACUGGCUCCUGGGAGUGUGAGCUGUAUUUUGACAGGAUCCACGAUAUGUACUGGGCGCGGGUGCGAGCGGUGGCCGGAGGCGAGCAGUCUGAGUGGGCCAGUUCCAGCGAGCUGCAGCUGUACAGAGACACAAUUGUGGGGCCCCCCAAGUUGUCCUGGCUGCUCCAGGACCAAAUCCUCAGCGUAAACAUCGUCAUGCCGCUCACUCCCUACAAGAGAAGAACUGGUUCCUACAAGCCAGUGGACCGAGUGCUGCUUAAACUAUGGUACUGGCUGCACCUGUACGAGGGGGACCUGCUCGUCCAGCAGGUGCCCUGCAAAUGGAGCAGCGAGGACGUGCCGUGCACCUUCGGGCACCUGAAGCCCAGGACGUGGUACUGUGUCCGGACGGCAGCCGCUGGCAUGGCCAGGGAGAGGAGCCGGGAGGCGGAGCAGUGCCUGGUGACUCCGGCAGGCCCUGCAGCAGGCUUUCCCUGGAUCCUUGCUGUGCUGAGUGCAUUCUUUGUGCUGCUGCUGCUGAGUGUGGCCGGGAUCUGCUUUGUCCAGCUGCACGUAUUCCUUAAACCCUCCAAGAAGCACCUCCCAAAAACACUGGCUCUCCUGAACAACGAGCUGAGCGUGGCCAUCCGGGUGCCUCCCCUCGAGCUUGAGGAGGAGCCGCUGGCCCUGCUCCUGCAGACUGUGCUCUCCUCACGUGGGCCACCUGCAGCUGGACAGGCAUCGCCCACGGUCCCACUGUUCCUCCCAGGCCUCGCGCAGGACGUGACCGGCUACUGUGCCAAUGGGUUUGGCCCGGACUGCCCCAGGGGAAGGGACCCAUCCUGCACCGACAGCCUGCUGGGACAUGCCUUAGGCUCCCAGGUCCCAUCACAGCUGGAAAAGGAUGAGGAGGCAGGUGAUGGGGAUGAUGUGCUGGAGCAGCUGGUGCCAGUGGGACUGAUCGGAAACAGCUACGUAGGAGGUGACAGGGACAGCCUAACACCUGAGACAUGGCAUACCCUGCACCUCCAGCUUUAUUCUAAAUGCCAGUGCCCAGCCCCGGGAGCAGGCAGCCACCUUCCUCUGCCCAUGCCAGGCAGGAGCUGCAGUCAGGAGGACCUGCGGGACAGCCUCAGCACAGCCAGGCACUGGGUCCCACUCAGCUCCGUGAAGCUGCCAGACAGUGAGGAGGAGGAGGGAGGGCAGCUCCUCUGUGCUCUCCGGCCUCUACCUGGCCUCAGGGCUGAGCCAGGUGACAGCACAAUGCAGCGAGGCCACUCGGAGCAGGCAGCACUGGGCACCCCCAGCCCCUGCCAGCCACCGCCUUCGCCCUGCACCGUCCUGCGGGCAGCUGCCUUCUCCGGCUAUGAGCCACGUGCCCCACCCGGGCCAGCGUGAGUGGGGGCGCCCUGGGAAUCUCCGGGAGCCCCCAGCUCCCAGCACAGCCCAUGGUACUGCCCGGAGCCCCCUGGCCAUGGUGGCUGCCUGCCCCAACCUGCUGGUGCCAGGCUGGGGACGGGGCUGGGGCAGGUGCCUGCGGGCAGGCACAGGCGUGCUCCAGGCUCGGCUGCCACGAAUGGGCUGGAUCCACAUCUCUAGGGCUUCCCUUCUGGGAUUUUGGUGCUAUGGAGCCAAAGCAUAAGGAGAACGGACCAAAGUUCCACCCCCAAAACUCUUACCUAUUUAUCCAUUUGGUAUGUGUGUAUAUGUGGUACAGUAUCUAUAUUAAUGCAAAUUUAUGUAACACUCAUAUAUGAACCUCUUUAAUGAAAGAGGAGAUUGGGUUUUUUUACUUCUCUGGAAAUAGUGACUGUGUGCUGGAGUUGUUUUUAAAUAUCACUCAUUUAUUACAGAAAACUGGCUUCUGUGCUCACUGUUUCUGUGUCACAGACCCAGCACGGCCGUGUCUGAACAGCAGUUGGGAAAGGCACUGGGAAAACUGGGGGAAGGUCAGCAAACCCUUUCUGUCUUGACACCUUUCGUUUGAGACUGGUGACUAAAACGUUUCCAGUUCUGGAGCUGCACUUUGGGUUGUUGUUUUCUGUGUACACACGGCCAUCUAGUGGAACCGUGGAACGGUGGCGCUGGGGAACGUCCACUAGAUAGCGGUGUGCACUUGAAAAAGACGUAAAUGUGUCAUGGCUCUCUCCAGACUCACCGAAAGUGAAGAUCCAAAGUUGAAAACGUCCUCAGUUCAGUUUUGGGAGAUGGACUUGCAAUUUCGGCGCUGGGCUCCUGCAAGCAAACAACAGCCCUUUCCCCCAGGAAGGAAAGCCCAGAGCCUCGGUGUCUCAGGUGCAGGUGAUGGGCUGCCCAGGGCACUCCACGGGCAGCAAGACCUUUGUGUUCUGAACCCUUUUGUCUGGGACUAAUCUUCGGCUGUAUUCAAUUUUGGGAGAGGGGAAACCUCCUUGUGCUGUGCCACAGGCUGGCAUCAGUGGAGUUCACCUCUGCUGACAAAUCCAGGCUCCUGGACUGAUGAGAUUUACUCUGGAUCUGGGAACAGGUGAGAAACUGGUGCCCACAUCCACUGUGUUGGAGGUGCUGGGCUCGCAUGGGGCACAGCCAGUGCUCUGAUCACAGCUGGCCAGGCCUCUGCAGGUCAGAAGAGAAACAGCUUCUCUCCUGAGUCUGGGCAAUGGUGCUGGGAUCCCCAGAGGUGAUUCAGGCAGUUACUCAUUGGCAGCAGAGGCUCGUCCUGGCCCAGGGGUGGCUGAAGCAGCUGGGAUGUCCCCACUCAUAUGAAAAAGCUGUUCAUGCAGAGUGGAAAAGGGCAGAAGGCUCGUGACAUUUCCAGAUGGCAUUUAGCAUCUGAAGUUUCCAAGUGGAUGCAAGAGGGGUUUUUCUGCUUCGCCUCAGAGGUGUAAGCAGCGUGUGGGACUCUGCAGAGCCACGGAGAGAAAAGGUGUGACACUUGCUGGCAUUGAGGUCCCAGCACAUCCCAACAGAGACCGUGUGCAGCCAGGGGUGUGGGUGCAGUGUCUGGAUGAGACCCUGCUUUGGUCUACCUGGCCAGGUAUUUUGUGCUGAGCAGGAUGGAGCUGGGUCAGGUGUAAGCCCCCAGCCCCAGGCAAGCCCCCAGCCCCAGGCAGGCCUGGCCAGUCCCUCCAUCACCACUGCAGCCUCAGGCAUGUGCACACACCCGGCUCCUGCCUCAGCAUCCCACGCUGCCUCCAC